UCAUUGGAAAUCGUGUAUAACAAUAUUUUUGUAGUAUUACAUCGAUACAUAAUACAUAAUUUGAUAAAUAUUGAACAAGUUUUCCGGAAAUUCCCUAUAUAAUACGUUCAAAGUGUAAUAUGGAUAUUGAAUUACCUUAUAUUGCCGAAUAUGCUAGAACUGGACGAGCCACUUGUAAAGGAUGUAAAAGUUCUAUUCCUAUGGAUAACCUUCGGAUUGCUGUUAUGGUUCAAUCUGCAUUUCAUGACGCCAAAGUUCCGAAUUGGUUUCAUAAAACCUGCUUUUUUAAGAACCAGCGUCCCUGCUCAGUAGGAGACAUAUAUAAUUUUGGAAAUCUUCGAUUUGCUGACCAAAAGGAAUUAACGGAUCUUGUGGAAAAUUUACAAGGAGUUAUAGGCUCACAAUUAGGAAAGAAGCGAUCGAAGGCUUUUAACUUAGCACUAAAAGACUUUGGGAUUGAAUAUGCAAAAUCUAGUAGAUCGACGUGUCGUGGAUGUGAACAAAAAAUAAUUAAGGAUCUAGUUCGCUUACGUAAAACAGUUUAUGAUACUGAAGUUGGUAUGAAGUACGGAGGCCAGCCUUUGUGGUAUCAUUUGGACUGCUUUGCCCAAUUGCGUUCUGAGCUUGGCUGGUUUGAUUCAGGUGACAAUAUGCCAGGUAUUAAGAGCUUAGCCGAUGAUGAUCAAGCGGAAGUUAAAAACGCCCUACCAGCAAUAAAAUCGGAGGAAUUACCAGAAACCAAAAGAGCUAAAAUGGAAUUAUCAGAUACAAAUGAAGAAUUGGAAAGGAAACAACAAUUAAAAGAUCAAAGUGAUGCCUACUUUAAGUUUCGCGAUGACGUUAAAAAUAUAAUGAAGAAAAAAGACAUUGAUAUACUUUUAAAGUCUAAUAAUCAGGAACCUGUAACUGGUGACACAGAAAAGUUAUUGGACCAAACUGCAGAUUUACUGACAUUUGGUGCUAUUAAAUCAUGUUCUGAAUGCAACAGCUCACAGUUCACUUUAAAUAAAUCGAGUUAUAUAUGUAAUGGAAAUCUUUCUGAGUGGACCAAAUGUAACAAGCUUUUAGCAGAGCCAACAAGAUCGGCUUGCAAAGUGCCAAAAGAACUUAAAGCAGCAUACCAUUUUUUGAAUGCGGUGUCAAAAAUUCCUUCUACAAGGAUUUUUCAUAACUUUUCUCCCAGUAAACCUACUUUUUCAAGAAACCUUUUAAAAACUAAAAAAGACAGUGAUGAUUUGGAUAGGCCAAAAAUACCUCGUAUAAAUCCCCCAUUAUACAAUUUAAAGUUUUCAAUUAUAGGCUUAAAGGACCAGCAUAAAAAUCUUAGAAGUCGAAUAGAAAAAUUGGGCGGAAAGUUUGAAGUUAAAAUAUCGGAAAACACAAUAGCAAUAAUAUCAACAGAAUUAGAAGUACAAAAAAAAUCUAUCCGUAUGAAGUCAGCACAGGAGCUUGGAAUACAUAUUGUACCCAUUGAAUUUUUAGAUUUUGUCGAAACUGAUAAAGACGGAGCUAUUAAUUAUAUAAAUAGCACAAGUAUUUGUAGUUGGGGAACAGAUCCAACAUCUAGAAUUCCAAAGGAAACAAAAAGUUUGAAGUCAAACAGUAUAUAUACAAAAUCCAUGCCAAUAUCACGGACAUAUAAAGUAAAAGAUGGCCUAGCUGUUGAUCCGGAUACUGGGCUUGAGGACAUCGCACAUGUCUACGUGGACGGUAAAAAUAAAUACAAUAUUGUGCUGGGCUUGACUGACAUUCAGCGAAAUAAAAACUCCUACUACAAAUUGCAACUUUUAAAAGCGGAUAAAAUGGAAAAAUAUUGGAUAUUUCGUUCAUGGGGUCGUAUCGGAACAAAUAUUGGAAGCUCAAAACUUGAAGAAUUCGACACAUGCCAAUCUGCGAAAAAGAAAUUCAAAGAAGUAUAUACAGAUAAAACUGGAAAUGAAUACGAGCAACGAGACAACUUUGUUAAAAUAACUGGUCGAAUGUACCCAAUAGAAAUUCAGUAUGGGGAUGACCAAAAGUUUGUAUAUCAUAAUAGUAAUUUUAUUACCUCCAAAUUAGAGAUUUCUGUUCAAAAUUUAAUUAAGCUAAUUUUUGAUGUUGACUCAAUGAAAAAAACAUUGGUAGAAUUCCAUAUUGACAUGGAUAAAAUGCCGCUGGGGAAGCUUAGUGCACAUCAAAUUCAAUCUGCUUACAGAGUAGUGACCGAAAUUUUUAAAAUACUAGAAUCCGGUUCCAAUACGGCUAGACUUAUUGAUGCAACAAAUAGGUUUUAUACGUUAAUUCCUCAUAAUUUUGGGGUACAAUCGCCCAAAUUAAUUGAAACUUUUCAACAAAUUGAAGAUUUACGGCAAAUGCUUGAUUCAUUAAGUGAGAUAGAGGUUGCGUACAGUUUAAUCAAAAGCGAAGAUGGAUCAGAUUCUUGUCAUCAUUUAGAUAAACAUUACGCACAGAUAAAGACUCAGUUGGUGCCACUAGACAAAGAUAGUGAGGAAUUUUCGAUUCUAAGCCAGUACGUAAAAAACACUCACGCAUCUACCCACAAAUCAUAUGAUCUAGAAAUUAUUGAUGUAUUCAAAGUAUCUCGCCAAGGAGAAGCAAGGCGUUUUAAACCAUUCAAAAAGCUACAUAACAGAAAAUUAUUAUGGCACGGAUCCCGUUUAACUAAUUUUGUUGGUAUAUUAUCGCAUGGCUUAAAAAUUGCUCCCCCAGAAGCGCCACCAACAGGUUAUAUGUUCGGAAAAGGCCUCUAUUUUGCUGAUAUGGUUUCAAAAUCGGCAAAUUAUUGUUGCACAAGUCAACAAAACUCUACUGGAUUAAUGCUUCUAUCUGAAGUUGCUUUGGGAGAUAUGAUGGAAUGCACCUCAGCUAAAUAUAUUAAUAAACUAUCAAAUAAUAAACAUAGUUGUUUUGGUCGUGGUCGCACAAUGCCAGAUCCUACUAAGAGCUAUAUAAGAAGUGAUGGGGUUGAAAUUCCGUAUGGAGAAACCAUUACCAACGAACAUUUGAAGUCUUCGUUGUUAUAUAACGAGUAUAUAGUAUAUGAUGUUGCGCAGGUCAAUAUUCAAUAUUUAUUUCGUAUGAAUUUCAAGUAUAUAUAUUAAUUGGUUUAAAGUAUAUUGAAUGAGAGUGAUUUUAAUAAAUUGUUAUUACAAAUUUUUAAUAAGGUAUAUUCUUUAAAUGUUUGGUGGUUACUUCUGUUGGCUGAUAGCUGUUCUGUACUAAUUAAGGUACUAAUUAAUAAUAAUUAAUAACCAUUUCCCGUGGAUCAGUAUUUUACCUCCGACUUCUUAGUUUAUUGCAGGUUUUCAAAUAAAAAAUGAGUACAAAAACCAUUACGUUAUACUUAAUCAGUAAAAGAAGGCGAAUAAUUUUGUUAUAUACUAGUUGAAAAAAACGUAGUAUCACGUAGUUUUAUCAAAAGUUUCAGAUCUAUGUGAUUUUAUUAGAAACCUACUAUAUACUUUUUUAAAAAUAAAUAUAAAACUAUUUUUCACUAAUAAAUUAAUCUUAGUAUAUUAAGUAUAAGUUAAUAGAAGCAUAUUUUUGCUUUGAUAUUGAUUUGUAUCGAUAAAUAUUGUAUGUUUACCGCCUGCUCUGAAGUUAUUUCGAUGGGAGUGCACAGUGGUUGCGCUCAUAGGCCAAAAAUCAAAAAAAAAAAUUUUCCAAAUAUUUACGAAAAGUAACCAGAUUGUCUCUAAAAUGUCCAAAUAUGUGUAUGGUAAAACCUUUUUGUCUUAACUCUAACGAGACAUUCUAAAAAUAUAGUGUAAAGAGAGAACAGCUGUUCAUUUUUGCAGCCCAGAGGAGUUUUGAUUGCUUUUCGUCACAACAAAAGUGAAUUUCAAAGUGGUCAAACGUGCGAAUGAUAGGUCCAAUUUUAAUUAUUUAAAAUGAAUUUUAAAGUUUCAGGUAUUUACUUUAAUAAAUUCUAAUUGUAAAAUUCAUUGAAUUAAUUUAUCAUUUUUGGUGAAUUUUUGAUGGAUUAUACCUUUUUUGUGUAUUAUGUGAACGUCAUUUUCCUAGUUUAGGUAAACUUUUAGAUAUAUUGCCCCCCGAUCCCCCCUUAAUGAGUGCUAUCACUGGAUUUGUCAAUGUUUUAAGAAAAUAAAAAUAAAAAGUCUAGCUGCAAAUAUUUGCAAACAUACGAGUAAACAAUAAUAAACUGAAGCUGUCUUGCAGUCUUCAAGGUCAAGUUUUCGCCGUAUUUUGCUGCUUGUCCUAUGCUUUUUUGAUGUUUCUUUUGUAAUCAUCAUUUGUGUUUGUCAAUUAUGUUUGUGUGAACAAUUUUGCUUAUUAUUUUUUUCCCCAUAUUUUUCUUACCGUUUUCUACAGACGAUUCUUGUAAUUGCACUUUUUUGCGUAUGCACAUCCUAGAGCUUUGGUGCGCAGAACAGGGUGCGAAUGCGGAAAGAACACGUAGUGUGAUACGUUUGGUAUCAGAAACCAUUAAAAACAAGGGCUAUGUAGUUGAGUUAACGAUUCUUGAAAACUGUUUGAAUUACAUUUGCAAAAAAAUUAUUGCUUAUUGGGCUAAAUACAAACGCAAUAAAGGUUUAAUUGUUAAAUUUCAAUACGAAUGGCUGAACACUUGUGAAACCAUGUUAAUUGAGCCUCUUCAAGCAAAGGUUUCAAGUGCGGAACGUGGACGUCCCAAAAUUGACUUUGCUGAGUCCUCAAAAAGGAAUUUCGUGACAAAAUGGGAAUCAUUGUUGAUAAACCAAGAGACGGAGGCAAAGGAUCUUCCAACGAUGGAAAUACAGCUAGAAAAUUUUUUGGAAACCCCAGCUUGGCAUCUAAGAUUACAGGCAUUGAUGAAGAAGUCAUAACCCGAUGCGCAACAAUAUUGCAAGCUUUAGCAUCAGGAUAUUCUAUUAAUAUUCAAAAAUUCGAAAGCUAUGCUUUGAAUACUGCUGAACAGUACAUAAAAUUUUAAUUCACGGUGCGAAGGUGAUAGAUCAUGCGUUGCUGUCGAUUGGAGAGCUUUCAGAAGAAGCUGCGGAGUCCAACAAUAAGGAAAUAAAGAAGUACCGGCUUCAGCAUACUCGAAAAAUGUCUCGCAUAUUAACAAAUACCGAUUUGAUGAACAACCUUCUUUUGCGUUCUGACCCCUUUAUAACAGGUCAAAGAAAACUACCAAAAAAAGAUAAAUCUCAAUUCUUUUCGUCGACAUUUGAUUUGUUAGAUGGUAUUUGUUAAGUUUUUGAAUUCAAAUUAAAAUUCGUUUCAAUUUUACUUUUAUUAUUAACUGAAAGAACUGGAGAUUUUUAAUUUGUUUAUAUUUACGGGACCUGCAACUCUACUGGAAGUGUUUUUGCACACCAUCGGCAUAUUAGCAAUACUAUGGGAGCUAUAAGAUAACGUCGUCCGAUUUGGCUAAUUUUUUUAAUACAUGUUCAAAUAUUUUUUUUAGAUUUUUGGGAAAAUUUUCAUAACGAUAUCUCAACGGGAACUAUUUAUGGCCGCGGUCCCCUACAAGUGCAACCACUGUGGAGUGGUCAGAGAAUCUUGGCGGCAAGACUGCGAUAUGUAGAAUUUAAUUAGUAUGUGAGGUUAAGUCGAAGCAGUUGGCUCUGGUGGCGAAGCCGAUGGUUUUGAGUUGUUUUUUAGUAGCUAUGAAUUGUAGAACUGCAGGGUACAUAUUGUAGUUUUUAUAGAAAAAAAUGCAUCCACAUAUCCUAUCCACACAAGAUCGGACUUCUUGGCUUGGUGCGGUAUAGCGGGUUAGGCUGACGGCAGAGUGCGCGCGAGAAGCAAAGCGAUGCGAUAAUAUUGGGCGAGAACGAGCGAUAAAGCUCUGCAAACAUUUUUAAGUGAAAUCGCUCGAAAGAUGUCAGAGUGAGAGCGAGGCGAGUUGCGAGCUCAAGUGAUAAAGCGAGAGCAAAGCGAGAGAGCAGUUUGCAACCUGCUUUAUCGCUUCAACUCGCUCAGAGCGUACGAUUGUUGUUGCUGUUGCUCGAAAAAAAAAAACAAAUGACAAAAAAGAUAAAGACGACGACGAGGCAUUUUUUGACAGCCUACUACAUGCGGAAAAUGGAUCCGAAAAAAAAAUUAUUAUGCCGAAUGGAAAUUCAAAAAACAAUUUUUAAUUUUUCUUUUGACUGUAUUUCCGAUACCGGCAAACUAUAAUACACAAUAAAUAUAUUAAAAACUUACCUCAAUGUUAUUAUUAAUUUUUGACAAGGCAGUAUAGGGUGUAUAACAAAAUUUGGCCAAUUCUUCAUCAAACGACUACUAAUUAGACAUAAUAGACAUACGCUUUUUCAUUUCUGUUGGUGUUAAGGGGGUGGACGACGGUUUUUUUUUUUUAUUAGAAAGUUUAUAGUUGCCGCUUAAUGCGAAAAAUUCUUCGUCCGAAUCCAUCGCGUUCACAUUUAUAACUAAAAGAGAGCAUUGUAGCUCGCUUCUCGCCUCGCUCUCUGUUAUCUUCUCGCUUUGCUCAUAGCUUCUCGCGCGAGUUAUCGGUGACGGCAUAAGCUUGCCCUCACCUCCCCCGAAACCCCCACGGGUAAAAGCCUAAACUAAAGGCACUCAACCCGGAACAGAACCAGCAGCGUCAGCACCGGGGCAGCAGCAGAUCGCCAACAGAGGAUUCCGCCGAACCCGCGGACUGGAGUCGGGGCAUCCGCCCAAGAAUGCAGCGUAAACAAAACAGCACUCGAAUUGUAGCCAACAUAUAAAACUGAAAUGAAAUACAAAAUCACUCUUGAUCGAGAAGCAGAA